UAUGCCAAAAAUUUCUUAUUUUCAGCUUGUUUUAGCCAGAUGUUGAUGCCUAAAGUGAUACUCGAGACAUCGGGACAGCAAAAUAGUGAUCCAGAUGAAGAAGAAUACGAUCACGACGAUGAGGGACCUGAAAUGGAAAUUCAAGAUCAUUGGAGUAAUCCAAGCAAAUCGCAACUUUACAGACUCAUGGAUCAACUCGGGCGUUUUGUGUGUCCCCGAAUUUAUUGUCGACGUGGCUACAAGCACGUUGGCUCCUUACAACGACAUCUCAAGUACGAAUGUGGCGGCGUCAAAAUGUUCCGGUGUCACAUGUGUGGCAAAGCAUUCUCACAAAAGUUCCCGCUCAAACGGCAUGUUGAAUAUCAAUGCAAAAUGUUAAAAGUUUUCAAGUUCUCGUAAAUUAAAGUAGCGAAAAAUACUCAAAAAAAGCUAGUCAAGCAACUACAAAGUACUCUGAAAAUUCGUAACUAAAUAUUUUUAUGGACAGGAAUAAUAAUCUAGUGCCAAAGAUACGCCAAAAACUGAAUUCCUUAAAUUUUCCACUGAGUUUUAUGCA